GCUGGAGAGCACUUUCUGGAGAAGGUUCAGUUAUGAAAACAAAAGUAUUGUAACAGAUGGGGCCAGCUGCACCUUGGAAACAGCAUAAAAGCGGGUCCGGGAGAGCCAAGGGAGCUUAUCAGCCUCACAGGAGAGCCAGAGGGACGCUGACUGACGGGGCUCGCGGCGGCAGACACACACUUUAGCACUGCGGGGGGAGAUAUAAAAGCACUCUCACACACAGCGUCCAGCCGUCUGGCACACUCCACAUUUCACUGAAGGGCUCCGUUUGACUUGGGUGUGAGUUUCUCAUCACGGAGAAUGCUUCCUCCAAAACACCACACGACUCAACUUGAAAGGUUUUAGAGGAAAAAGAGAUAGUUGAUUUGGACAGCAUAUGACCACAAACAUUCCCUCUCUUUAAAGAUUGGAUGUUUUUUGGGCUAAGUAGCAGCCAGGUUUUGGGGGUACUUUUGUGAUGUGGAUAUUAAUGGUGGACAGGCACUGUCAAGCUGUUCGCAGAGGAAAAGAUAGAAAGACAGGAACGUUUUUGAAUUCUAACCCACUGUUAUUGUGACUAUUUUAACACCUUUUAAAAAAAAUCGUCUUUCAUCUUUUUCACAUUCUCCACAACUUAUCCAAACCAAGUAUUGAAAAACUGAGGUAUUGAAGCGAAGAUGGACUCCUCAUUCACCUCAGAAAUGUUUUACAAUGCGGGGUCGAUCGCAGCCCCCACCGCCAGUUACCUGGACGAGGACAUCUAUCUGCAGGAGGAUCUGGAUGUGUUCAGUGUGACCAUGGCUGUUCUCUACCUGGUUGUGUGCAUCGUAGGGCUGGCCGGGAACACCCUGGUCAUCGUGGCCGUCUUAAAGCUGGACAAGAUGGCUUCCGCCACCACGGUCUACAUCUUUAACCUGGCCUUGGCCGACGCCCUAUUCAUGGUGGGCCUCCCCUUUAUCGCCAUCCAGAACUUCCAGAACCACUGGGCCUUUGGGGACCUGGCCUGCAAGCUGGUCAUGGUCCUGGAUGGCAUCAACCAGUUCACCAGCGUCUUCUGCCUGACCGUGAUGAGUAUUGACCGCUACAUGGCGCUGGUCGACCCACUGCGGUUCGCCCGCUGGCGCACGCCUAGGCGGGCCAAGAUUGUCAGCGGCUUCCUGUGGCUGUUCUCUCUGCUGCCUGUCCUCCCCAUGGCCAUUCACUUCUCGGACAGGGACGGCCUGUGCACGGUGGACCCCCACGUGACCUCUGACUCCUGGUGGCUUGCCUUCCUCAGCUAUACUUUUGUCCUGGGCUUCGCUCUGCCCUCCCUGGUCAUGACUGUCUCCUACACUGCCCUGGUGGUCACCCUGAGGACUCACCGUUGCCAGGCCAGCUCCCCAAGCCAGGAGAGUCAUUGCCUAGAGACCCAGGUCACCAAGAUGGUGGUGGCAGUGGUGCUGGUGUUCGGCGUGUGCUGGCUGCCUUUCUACACCUUCAACUUCUGCUCUCUCUACCGUAUGGACCUGGUGUUGACCUUCGCCAGGGGCUUUGAGUUCGUGGUGCUGCUGUCUUACUCCUGGAGCUGUGCCAACCCCAUACUGUACGCCUGCCUCUCCGAAUCCUUUGGACGCCACUUCCUCACCCUCCUCUGCCCCACCAAAAGGUCUCCCAGCGUACACUGCAACCCUGACACGGAGCGCUAUGACCUCAAUGACACGAACGGGAGGGACAUCAGUGUGGUGGCGUAGAGAAGCCAGAAAAAAAAAUUCACAUCAGCCUCAAGAUUUGACUUCUAACACAGCUGUUGUGCGUUGGCCCCGCUGCUCUAGCACACCUCGGUCAUUUGAUUUUCCAUAACUCAUGAAAUGAAGCAUAAAUGAUGCGACAACAGAGAGGCGGUGAAAGGUGGCAUGUAAACAAGAUAGCAGCUAUGUGUUGCUGGCCAAGACAAUGAGCUCCCAGAAGACCCACAGAAGUUGACUCAAUGACUUUUGGGGUGAUGUCAUGGUUGUCAUGGAAGUCAGCUCAGAGUUGAUUUCUUUAGGGGAAAUUCUUACUACAGAACUGUUUGGGGUGAGAUACGAAGGACAAGACGAAAAGGUGUUUGGUUCAUCCCAAGAUUAGUCCUAUUGGAUGUUCAUAGAGUAAGAAUGUUCAUACUGUAACUAUGGAUGGUUUAUACUUAUUAAAAUGCUUGUUGUAUGUGGC